UUACCGGUAGUGGCGCUGAUCUACAACGCAGUGCAUCUCGGGAGGCCUGCUGGAUGUGCGCCGCGCAUUAUGGGGCGAUUUGCGGGUCCUGAGCGUGCGUUACCGGUAGCGGCGCUGAACUACAGCGCAGUGCAUCUCGGGAGGCCUGCUGGAUGCUUUGUGGGAAGCCACAGGACUCGCCCACCAUGCCCGGCUACGAGCUGCCCGUGGGCACAUGCCCGGACAUGUGCCCGGCGGCCGAGCGCGCCCGACGGGAAGAGGAGGGCCGCCUGCAUCGCUUCGAGGUGGCGCCGGGGUGCUUCGGCAAACGGCCCCGCGCUGACCCGCAGCGCGCGGUGAAGGAGUACAGCCGCCCAGCCGCCGGCAAGGCCCGGCCCCAGCCGAGUCUGCUGCGUCCGCCGUCCGUGCUGCUGGCCACCGUGCGCUAUUUGGCCAGUGAGGUGGCGGAUCGCACCGAUGCAUCCCGCGCGGAGGUGGCCGGCUUCGUGGCGGACCGGCUGCGCGCCGUGCGUCUGGACCUGGCCCUGCAGAGUGCGGGCGACGCCGAGUCGGUGGUGGUGCUGGAGGCGGCGCUGGCUGUGCUGCUGGCCGUGGUGGCGCGGUUCCGGCCCAAUGCAGCGUACGGGCCAGUGGACCCGGUGCUGCUGCAGGCUCAGGUGCAGGAGGGCUUCGGUUCGCUGCGGCGCUGCUACGCGCGGAGCGCCGGGCCACACCCCCGCCAGCCCUUUUUCCAGGGUCUCUUUCUGCUCUAUAACCUGGGCUCAGUAGAGGCCCUUCAUGAGGUUCUGCAGCUGCCAGCUACCCUGCGUUCCUGCCCAGCCCUACGCACAGCCCUGGCUGUGGAUGCAGCCUUCCGCGAAGGCAAUGCCGCCCGCCUAUUCCGCCUGCUCCGGACCCUGCCAUACCUGCAGAGUUGCGCAGUGCAGUGCCAUGUGGGCCAUGCCCGCCGCAGAGCCCUGGCCCACCUUGCUCGUGCCCUGAGCACCCCCAAGGGCCAAACCUUACCCCUGGGAUUCAUGGUCCACCUGCUGGCCCUGGAUGGGCUUGAGGAGGCACGGGACCUGUGCCAGGCCCAUGGACUGCCCUUGGAUGGACAGGAUAGAGUUGUGUUCCUGAGGGGUCACUACAUUGAGGAAGGGCUGCCACCUGCUGGGACCUGCAAAGUGUUGGUGGGGAGUAAGCUUGGAGGACGCACCCUGGAGGAAGUAGUCAUGGCAGAGGAGGAAGAUGAGGGUGAGGACAGAUCCAAGUCCCAGGCAUGAGGAGGGGCUGUGCAGUCUCCCAGAGCCCGGGGCUGGGUCUGAGCACUCAGGUUUCUUUUUUUCAUGAUUCCCACACAAUAAAAGGAACUUGUUUUGUAGGGA